UUCUAGGGAAGAAAUUCUGAAAUACGACACCAGCAGCAGUUGAAAAUUCAACUCUGUGAGAACAACUCAAUAGUUUCUCUUACUGGAAGUAACGUUGGACACAAUAAAGAUCUGCAUAAGCUAUCUUUCUCUAGCAGCUUGAAGCAACAAACAAGAUAUUCAAAGGUUACCUAACGAAGCUCCUGCAGAAUCACACCGCCUAUGCCUGCGACGGGCAGCACCUGAGCCUGCACUGCCCUCGGCACUCAACCAUCAGUGUGCAGUCAGCAUUUUAUGGGCAGGACCCCCAUAUGUGCAGUGCUUGGGAGCCUGAAGCCAGGAUGACAGAACCCAGGAACUGCGUGGCACCCACCUCUUUGCAGGUACCGCAGGUUGUAAAGGUUCUUAAGAAAGUACUGGAUGAAUGCCAAAACCUGAGAUCCUGCCAACUCCUUGUCAAUAGUCGGGUUUUUGGGCCUGAUCUGUGUCCAGGGACCACAAAAUUCCUCCUUGUCUCCUUUAAAUGCAAACCUACUGAAUACAAAACCAAAUCAGCAUGUGAAAACCAGGAACUGAAGCUCCACUGUCAGGAAUCCAAGUUCCUUAUCAUCUACUCGGCCACCUACGGCAGAUGGGCACACGAGGAGAGCGUCUGCUCAACAAAGGCGGAGCACACACCCCCCUUUGACUGUUUGUCUUACACAGCGCUGGGAGUGUUAUCGAAGAGAUGUUACGGGAAACAGAGAUGCAAAAUCAUUGUCACUAGCCGGGAUUUUGGAAGUCCAUGCCUACCUGGAGUGACAAAAUACCUAAAUGUCAGCUAUGCAUGUGUUCCUAAAUUUAUCCUCACUGCUGUCAACCCCCCGGUCCCUGAUAACAAGUCUUCCAUCAAACAGAACGAUGGUGUCGACCUUGAUCCAAGGGAAUCGAGACUUCCAAAGAAGGAUGGAACUAUUGUUAGCUCUAACUACCUGGCUACAUUUGCAUACAUUAGAGAUCACCCUGAGAGGGCUGCUCUCCUGUUUGUGUCCAGCGUUUGUGUGGGACUAAUCCUCACACUAUGUGCCUUGGUGAUCUGCGUGUCAUGUCCCAGAGACAUCCAGAAACUUCACAAGAAGAGGGAUGAGCUGCUGCCAGAGAGUGCCAGAGCCUACCAGACCAGUGAACAGGAGGAAGAAGAGGAGGAUUCCUCCCUUUCAAACAGCCAGGAUGAGACAGACAGACUUUACAGACCUUCUUACUCGGGUUAUAACUCCGCAGAGGCAGCGGAACUGGCCGAAAGGAUUGAGCGCAGGGAGCAGAUCAUACAGGAAAUUUGGAUGAACAGUGGUUUGGAUAUGACACCUCCUAGAAAUAUGAAUACAUUUUAUAUUAAUGAACAAUAAAACGGCUUAUUUUGGAUGACACCUAUCCCUUUUUUAAAAAAAAAAAAAAAGAAAAACAAGAAUGUACCUUCUGUGAAGGAACAUGUGUAUCAGUGAAUAUAAUGAUUUGUAAAAUACAAAGAAAUAUAUGCAAUUAAAAGAGGUUUUCAUGCCCUUGACUGUCUAUAAAUUCUUCUGUGAAAAACACUCUACAGUUUUAACUCAUGGUAUGGAUUACUUUUCACUGUAAUUUGGUAUCAACUGCCAAAUGCAUGUUUAGGAAUAUUAAAAAAAUAAAGUGGAAAAUAUUUAAGUAGAUGUGUUUAACCAUCAGACCAGACCUGCUCAAGAUGCACUUCUGCUGCCACCUGUGCUGGCAAAUCGGUGAAGAACAAGCUCCAAAAUGGCUGCUGUUUUCAUACAAGACUCUUGACAUUGCCACAUGCUAAGAAUACUUUACUUAAGGGAAACACUGAGUUUAUUUUUCUGAUCCUAAAGCAGGGUUAGAGCUGGCACCUGAACGCAGGUCAUAGUUUCAGGAUUUUUUAUCAGUUCCCAAUCUUCACUUGAAAAUUUUAAGGUCUGUCA